CAGCCUACCAACGCUUCCCUGCUCACGUUGCUGUUUCGGACGCUCACGCGGUACGAGCCUUUCUUGUUCGACCGCAUCGCCGCCCCCAUUCUCAAUAGCCACGCGCCGGCGGGGACCAUGUGGAUCGGCAAGACCACGGUCGGCAAAUCCACGGCAUCCAAGACGAUCGGCUUCGUUGUUUCGGCCUACCCGAUUGAGAAGCGCCGUCGCGCUGACAUUCGCCCGAGCGCCGUCGCGGCGAAGAAUAUUGACUUCCUGCGACUGGAGCCUUCCAUCGCAGACGACAACGUGCUCACCAAGUGGGACCCCGACGAGAUCAAGGCGUUCCUCGACCCCGGCGAGGAAAACGCGCUGCCUUGGGCGAAGUGGUGGUGCGGCGCCUCCUUCGAGCAGAACCAAUUCCGUCAGGUAUGCGUCAACCCGCGCAACAACGAGUUCGAGGCGAAGGUCCGUUCCGUCAGCAGGGAUAAUGAAGAGGUUUCGUUCGUUGACCUCUUCAAGACCACCGACUGCAAUUUCGCCGGCGCAAUGCAGAGCGGCUGCGAAAUGGCGGACGUGGAGCUGUGCAUGGCGAGGUCUAACGUCGAGCUUCUUGCGCAGAACUGA